AUGAACCAGGAGGAAAUUGAAAUAUUCGGAAAACAUCAAGAUGGAGAAAUAAAUUUAGAUAAAGAGCUGAAAAGUCGUUUUGUUCAUUUAAAUGAACGCUUUGAGACGUGGAUUAUUGCUGAAUUUUGGCUGAAAAAGGCUCUUAAAGAUAUUUCAAAAUUUUUUGAACACAAAGAAUACUACAAGUAUGAACACGUUCUUUUGAGUUCACUUGCUGAUAAUAUAGAGAAAAAUAUGGAAUUACCAAAGGAAUGGCUGAUAGAGGAGAAGAAAUUUCACGAUACAAUACAUCAAGUUCGUGAUAAAACUACGCAUAAUAUGCUCGAAAAAUCAUCGGUCAGUUUGAUUUUCCUCGUUGUUUAUAAAAAUUCAAUCAGAAUCAUCGUAGUGAUAGUUGGGAGUUAA